AUGCCACCCCAAACAAGAACUCCCCUCCUCCCCACCCUCCUCCUCAUAGCCGCCCCCCUCACCUGGCCGAUCUUCGAAUACUACUCAAUCCAAGGCUUCGCGCACUCCCAACCAACCUACAACAUCCUAAUCGAGUCCCUCACGGACCUGGGAAUCAACUACCGCCAAGUGCACGAGCUCAAACACUACAAUGUCACCUCCCUCCGCCACGGCACCAUCAACUUCCUCUUCCUGCUCGCCGGAACCCUCUUCGGACUCGCACAGCUGGGCCUCUUCUGGGGCAGUCGACAUCGGGCCACGACGCAGGGUCUGGCGUUCGUGAGACGCCUCCGCACGGUGCUGACGCUCGUGUAUGUCGCGGGCAUGGUCCUCUUCGCGCAGGUCCACGGCGGCCCGCGCGAGCGCGUGUGGAAAAUCGCCGGGUGGCAUUGGAUGGGGCUGGGUAUGGCGGCCAUCGCGGGGAAUCUCAAUUCCAUCCUAGUGGCGGCGGUGCCGGCUCAAGUCCAUGAGGUGGAGCGGAGUGUGGUUUAUCGGGUGGGGAGUGGGGUUUUGGGGACGGCUGGGUUGUAUAGUUUUUAUCGCUGGGCUUUUACGUUGGGGGAGUGGAAUUAUUUGACGCAGUUGGGGUUGUGGGAACGGGGGUGUUUUUAUCCGGUUUUGGCGUGGGAGGCUUUGGCGGGGGUUGCGUUUUUGGUGGGGAGGUUUGGGGGUGGUGAUGGUGUGGCGAAGGGGAAGGGGAAGAGGGCUUGA